AAAGAGGCUACACAAAAAGGACAGCUGAAACAGGGUGAACUCCAAAGUUACAUCACUCCAAGAAAUAUUUAAUACGCGAGAUUUAAAAACAUGGCUUCCUCAUUUGUGAGGCGUUCAGUGAAUCUUGCUGGAGGUAAAAUAGUAUUUUCAGAAGGAAAGGCAGUGAAAAACCCUCAAAAAUUAUUUGCAGCAAGUUAUAUGUCUGGCACUGGAAAAAGAAGAGCCAUGCCUGUAAACACGGUUAUCAAGUUUGUUCCCCAACAAGAGUCUUGGAUUAUAGAGAGAUUUGGAAAAUACCAUAAAACAUUAAUGCCUGGGCUGAAUUUCCUCAUCCCAGUGAUUGAUGAGAUCAAAUAUCUUCAGAGUUUAAAAGAAAUAGCAAUUGAAGUUCCACAGCAGUCUGCCAUUACCAGAGACAAUGUUACCCUUCACUUGGAUGGCGUUUUAUACUUUCGAGUUGUUGAUCCUUACAAGGCCUCAUACGGUGUAGAAGAUCCACAGUUUGCCAUAACACAGCUUGCACAGACAACAAUGAGAUCAGAAUUAGGUAAAAUCAGCUUGGAUGAAGUUUUCAAGGAAAGAGACACUUUGAAUCAUAGUAUAGUUGAGGCGAUAAACAGUGCUGCUCAAGUCUGGGGUAUCAAAUGCCUGAGAUACGAAAUUCGUGACAUACAGCUGCCAACGAAAGUGAAAGAGUCAAUGCAAAUGCAGGUGGAAGCUGAGAGAAGAAAGAGAGCAAGCAUUUUGGAGUCAGAAGGGCAGCGUGAAGCAGCCAUCAACCGUGCCACUGGGGAGGCCAAUGCAAUUUUGGCAAAGGCAAGAGCAAGGGCGGAAGCUAUCAAUUUGAUCUCGAAAGCGCUUUCAGAAAAGUCUGGAAACCAAGCUGCAUCACUCUCGAUUGCCGAACAGUAUGUACAAGCAUUCUCGAGCCUGGCAAAGACGAACAACACAAUUCUGCUGCCGUCAAACACUGGUGACGUAGCAAGCAUGGUAGCCCAGGCCAUGGCUGUUUACGGAAAGAUAGCAACACUGCCAGCGUCCGAAGAUGCACCCCCGGAUGACGAUCCAUCUACCCCAUCAACGACAGGAGGUGAUCGUGGGAAGAAACAGCCCUCAAAAGAGAGCCAUUCCACCUCUUCAACAGUAUCAAAAACCGGCGCAAGUUUGGGAGCAGCAAGCCUUCUAGGCUCCAAAGAUGACUUUUUAUUUAGUGUAGCGAAUUCUCCAACAAGGAAACGCGAGUUCGGUUUAGGUGAACUCGAUUGAAGUGCGAUGGAUUGUAAUCAUGGCAUGGAUUUUGCAUAAAGAAAGAGGGAAAUGUAGAUUGUGUAAACAAAUCGUUUUGAGUAUAAGAAAAAUCAUCAAACAAUGAAAUUUAGAAAACUAGA